GACUGAUUUGAUAUUCCAAUUUCCACCAAACUCUGUUUGUUUCACCACUCUCAUCAUCAAACAAUGGCGGCUUCAUUACAGUUCACUUCAACACAUUUGAAGCAAUUCCAAUUUCAUUCAAAACAACAAGUUCCCAAACACGCCGCUAAAUGGGGUAGUAUUCGGUGUUCCGCUACCUCACCUAGCAAAAGCUACAACAUCACUCUUCUUCCAGGUGAUGGUAUUGGACCUGAAGUUAUUUCUGUUGCCAAAAAUGCCCUCCAACUCGUCGCUUCCCUUGAAGGAUUUCAAAUCGCAUUCGAAGAGAUGCCUAUGGGAGGGGCUGCAUUGGAUGCUGUAGGAGUGCCAUUGCCUGAUGAGACUCUUAAUUCUGCAAAGCGAUCUGAUGCUACUCUUCUUGGAGCAAUUGGAGGAUAUAAAUGGGACAAUAAUGAAAAACAUUUGAAGCCCGAGACUGGAUUACUUCAACUUCGAGAAGGCUUGCAGGUCUUUGCUAACUUGAGACCAGCCACUGUUUUACCACAGUUAGUAGAUGCUUCAACUUUGAAGAAAGAAGUUGCUGAAGGUGUAGACCUAAUGGUUGUUAGGGAACUUACGGGAGGUAUUUAUUUUGGUAAACCAAGAGGUUUCGGCACUAAUGAAAAUGGUCAGGAAAUAGGUUUCAACACUGAAGUCUAUGCAGCAUAUGAGAUCGACAGAAUUGCUCGUAUUGCAUUUGAAACUGCAAGGAAGCGUCGAGGAAAACUCUGUAGCGUGGAUAAAGCAAAUGUUUUGGAGGCCUCUAUGCUUUGGAGGAAGAGAGUUACGGCGAUAGCCUCAGAGUAUCCUGAUAUAGAGCUCUCCCACAUGUAUGUUGAUAAUGCAGCCAUGCAACUUGUUCGCAACCCAAAACAGUUUGAUACAAUUGUGACAAACAACAUAUUUGGUGAUAUCCUGUCCGAUGAAGCAUCAAUGAUUACAGGAAGUAUCGGGAUGCUUCCAUCUGCCAGUCUUGGUGAAAAGGGACCUGGAUUGUUUGAACCUAUACAUGGUUCUGCUCCUGAUAUUGCUGGGCAGGAUAAAGCAAACCCUUUGGCAACAAUGCUCAGUGCUGCAAUGCUUCUGAAGUAUGGCCUAGGUGAGGAGAAGGCUGCUCAGAGAAUUGAAGCAGCUGUUUUAGACACCUUAAAUCGAGGAUUUCGUACCGGUGACAUUCACUCAGCAGGACAAAAAUUGGUCGGGUGCAAGGAAAUGGGUGAAGAAGUGCUCAAGUCUAUUGACAGCAAAACUCCAGCUGCUGUUUAAAUUUAUGAAAGAGGCUUCCUUGAGACCUUAGCAAAUGAUCAUUUUGGCAGAUGCAUUUGCAGUCAGUAGAAUUUUGCCAUUUAUGUAAUUGGUUGAAGGAUUCAAAAUUGCUGAGUGUUGCAUCGUAGCCUAAACGUCUCUAUUAUUUUUUCUGAUGUUUUUGAGACAUUAUUUUGUUGUAACAUGAAGGGAACGGUAGAGCAACAAUAAAGUUGUCUCUGUCCAUCGGUCAUGGGUUCGAGCAUUGAAAUCACCCGUUGCUGCCUAUGCUACACCCCCUUGGGCUGGGGUUUUUUCCCUGACCUUUUGAAAACGCGUCGGUCCGUCCUUUUUUGUGUUGUAACAUGGAAGGAAAUGAAAAUAAGAUUUUUGACCUUUGAAAAACUGGAAUGGAACAACUGUUGACCAA